AUGGCCAAAUAUGCCGUUGAUACAAUGGUGCCACUCCAGGAAGAAAAUUCACAAAAAUUUGAAUACUUAAUACCCACAGUUAAGAGUUCGCCAGAAUCUAAAUCAUCUAAUAUACCGAUUCAACCAUAUAAAAAAGAGGACCUACUUUCCAUUAACCAUGUAAACCUCGGACCAUUCUCACCGAGAACGCAAUCCAUGAUCGAUGAACUAGAAAAACAUUUUGAUGAGCUAGCAAAUUCUGAACUAGCAACUUCUGAUGAUCCGAUCUCCAUAUUUGAUUCGCCACAUGAAAUUAAAUCAGACGUUACGUUAGACUUUACGUCAAUACCGUUAAUAACUGAUAUUAAAAAAGAUAGUGAAGGUGAUAUCCCGCGAGAUUUGAGCCAAAUAGACCAGAACUCCUUGGCGAAUGAUCCCGGAAGUUAUAACAAUAAAACAUAUUACACUAAAGAUGAAAAAUCUAAUAAAUCGGAAAAAAUACGAUUAAGCCUUGAAAAAGUUUCAUUUAACCUUAAAAAUGUUAUAUUAGAUCAAGAAAUUAGGGUGCAGGUUGAGGAUGACCAAGCGCUAAAUAACAUAGGUUUAGAUUCACCACGUACGUUUAAGGUUCUGCCAGUGAAUUUUGAUCCAUCACUACGAAUAGAUUCUAAUGUCAAAAAAUCAAUUCGUAUUAUGGUCGGAUUAGUAACUUAUCAUACUAAACCAAGUACAUCUCUUGAAGAACAAUUGAAAAAAUCGUUCCUUUUUCCUUUCAAUUAUCAUUCGUUUGUUUUUGACACAAUGAAAUUGAUUAUUUAUGAGUACGGGUCUUUCUUGAAUAAGAAAAAGAAAUGUGGGCGUGUUAUUGUUCAAUUGAGUGCUUUAAAACAGACUAUAAUCGAUCAUAAGGAAUUCGAAGGAAUUUUCCCUAUCAAAGCUAAUGGAUCUUUACUUGAAAUUGGUGCCGUCCAAAUCAACAUAAAAUUUCAUUUUUCUAAUGACCCACCCCUUACUCCCUUAAUACAAUCACCUUUGAGUCCUUGGAGUCCUAUUAGUCGUGAUUGCAGUAAAGAUGACAAUGAUGACAAUAUUGAGGCUCAUCCUGAUGCAGUAUCUCUUGGUAUACUUGAUACGGUAUUAAGGCAAGAGACUAGAGAUGCAAUUAAAGAAAUUACGGCUCUUUAUCAUACAUUUUUUGGUCAUGGAUGGAGUGAUAUUAUCUGUUGGGUAUAUGGUCAGAAAGCGGUUUCAGUACCUAAUUAUAUGGUGAUUAGAGACCCAGAGACAAAUUCUAUUUUUAUAUCUAUUCGAGGAUCUAUGAACAUUACAGACUUAAUUACUGACGCCCUAGCGCAUUACGAACCUUGGAAUGGUGGUUUUGUUCAUCGUGGAGCGUUCCGCAGUGCGCAGUACCUUAUAAAUCAUUCCUUAAAAGAAAUUAGAGAUGCCGUAGUAAAAUAUAAUAUCAAUUCCAUAAAAAUCAUGGGGCACUCAUUAGGAGCCUCCAUUUCAUCUAUUACGACCUUGCUUUUACGAGAGCAUUGUAAAGAUAUGCUUGACCGUGGAAUUGAUAUUCAUGCAUGGAAUUUUGCAACUUUUCCAUGUUGUUCGCUUGAUUUGGCAUCAAAAGCCGAUACAAUGAAAUGUAUUUAUAAUUUUGUUAAUGAAAAUGAUAUUAUUCCAAGAUUGAGUUACGGAAAUUUAAUGGAUUUUAAAGAAUUGGUUAAAUUUGCUGCUAGUGAAUUAAAAAAUGAUGAAUAUAAAGAGUUGAGAUCAAAACAUAAACUCUCUAAAAUAUUUUCUUCCAUCGAUGAAUACCGUAAAACUUUAAAAUUAAAUUCAUCUUCCCAAAAACUGUAUAUACCUGGAAAAAUAUAUUAUAUAUAUAAAAGAAGUAGUCAUUCUCAUUUGGAAACAUCAUCUUCGCUGUUUCAUAAUAAGGAGGUAGUAUGUGAAGAAUCCAGACCUGAUUUAUUUACAGAUAUUUGUUUACGCCGGAAUUGGUUGUUUCAUCAUUUUCCAGAUAGAUAUGAUAAAAGACUUAAAGGAGUUAUAAAAUUUUUGACAAAAGAAUCAGUUGAGCGUACGUCGUAA